UAUCUGUGUAUGAGUGUGUUGAAGUGGAGGUAGAGUGGUCUGAUGUGGGAGCUACAUGAAACAUCAGGCAGAAUAUUUUUAGGAGCUUCUUCUUCACCUCCGUCGCCGUCUCUCCAUCACUCUCUCUCCUCUGUCUGACUGCUGCUCGCUCGCCCGCUGACGGCUGCUCUCUUUUCUCUCUCAGCACGCUCUCUCUCUCUCGUCACAUUCAGCGGCUCUCAGCCUGUGAGGAGGAGGAGGAGGAAGCAUCGGAGUAAAACAGAGCAGAACAGAGUCCCCGUGUAAUCUGCUCUCUGUCUCUCUCUCUCUCUCUCUCUCUCUCUCUCUCUGGGAUUAUUUUCAACUUCUUUGAUUCGUCGUCAGCGUUUGCUUUCUCUCGACUCUUUCUGGGUUUUGUGUUCGCUGCGUUCCUCUGAAAGUUGUCGACGAGCUGAUGUUGCUGAUGUUGAAGAUGGUCGACGCAGACCAAACAUCCUGAGCGCUGAGAAGAAGAAGCUGCAGCAGCGCUCGCUCUUUGAUUCUGACGCUCUCCGCUCAUGUUUGUGCGUUCAUGGAGGAAACCCUGCAGCUCCUGCAGACAUGUGGAGCAUCGCAAAUGGAAGCUGAUCUUUACGCAGCACGCUGCAUUCCUCGCUCCUCGCCGUCGUCUUUAGGACAAGAUGAAGAUUUUUAACUUCAACAUCCUGAAACGUGUUUUGAUUUUUCAUCAUUCUGAGAAGAAGGACUGCUGAAGUGGACGUUUGGUUUUUUUUUCUUCAUGACUGUAGUGGCUUAAACUUUGGACCUUGUCUCGACCGUUUGAUCGUCAUGGCAACAGCAAAAAGUUCAAAUGCACAAAUUGUUCAAAAUACAAAGUUCUGGAUAUCAUCUCGUCAUCUUUACUGAAUUUAUAAGCUGGAGAAAAACGUCUGGUCAGGCACACAAAGUUGUUAUUUUUCAUGAAGUUUUGUCGCCCCCUCUGGUGUAAGUGAGAACUACAGGAUGGGAACUUUAAUCGUAAAUACAUUUUGUAUUGACGUAAAAAAUGUCCCCAGAUGCGUCUCAUCAUCUGAGCUCGUUUGAAACCGUCUGGAGAAAAUGUUUUCUAUGAAGAGUCUUCGGCCAUUUUCUCACAUUUUGAAGCAGAUUCUUCAGGUGUCUCUUAAAAAGUCGGACACGUCAGUUUCAGGAACUUGCUGAUUUUAAAGGUGGAUGUAAAAAGUUUUGAGUCAGUUUUGAAUCAUGGAGCGAAUAUAAGCUUCACAACAAGAAGACUUUCCAGACACUGUGGAUUCUAUCCUUCAGACAUGUCUCCUGAUUCGGACCAAUAAGGGACUGAGACACAGCAGGAGCAGAUAUUUUCACCCUGGUGGCUCCGCCCACCUCUCAGGGAGAUGGCGGCGGCCAUCGCCAGCUCCCUGAUCCGACAGAAGCGUCAGGCCCGAGAGUCCAACAGUGAAAAGGUCACUACCAACAAGAGACGCACGAGUCCGACUAAAGACCCGCGCUCGCUGUGUGAGAGACACAUCUUCAGCGUCUUCAGCAAAGUCCGCUUCUGCAGCGGGAAGAAGAAACCUGUACGAAGGAAACCAGAGCCGCAGCUCAAGGGCAUCGUGACCCGCCUCUUCAGUGAGCAGGGGUUCUACCUGCAGAUGCAGACCGAUGGAACCAUCAACGGCAACAAAGAUGAGAACAGCGACAACACUCUGUUUAACCUGAUCCCUGUAGGUUUGAGGGUGGUGGCCAUGCAGGGAGUGAAGGCUGGACUGUACAUGGCCAUGAACGCAGAGGGAUUCCUCUACACAUCGGAUGUGUUCACAGCAGAGUGUAAAUUCAAGGAGUCGGUGUUCGAGAACUACUACGUCAUCUACUCGUCCACGCUGUACCGGCAGCACGAGUCGGGCCGGGCCUGGUUCCUCGGCCUCAACAAGGACGGAGUCGUCAUGAAGGGGAACCGCGUGAAGAAGACCAAACCCUGCUCACACUUUGUCCCCAGACCCAUCGAAGUCUGCAUGUAUAAGGAGCCGUCGCUGCACGAGCUCGAGGAGAAGCUGCUGAAGUCCUCGCGGAGCCCGACGCUGAACGGUGGGGAGCGAGCGCAGAGCCGGGAGGCCCUGCAGGAGCAGCAGGAGGACUGCACAGAGCAGGACGGAUCAUAGCCUGCAGCGCCCCCGACAGGCCAGGAGAAGGAGGAGAACUCCCAUUUUAACACUCCCUCUGUUCAACUACAACCACACCGACGACGACAACAACCGCCACGAAGACAACAACGACGGCGACAACAACAACGAAACAAAAAAAAAAGAAGCUAAAAAAAAUCUUCUUGCUCAUGUUGAAAUGUUUUAAAUCUAACGGGGGAGGGCGGCGAGGGGGAGGGGCUUGUUUGAAAAUGAUCAGGACGUUGAUGAUGAUGAUUUACAGUUUAUGCAAAAAGCCCUGCUGGUUCGGCGCCCGGAGGCUAGCACACCUACUCUUCAUCGCUUCUUUGUAAUCAUCAUCAUCAUCAUCAUCAUCAUCGCAGUCACGAUGAUGACUAAAUGUUUUCCCGAGUUGAGCGAGCGCUGAGAACUCUGAAGCUUUAAGCCAUGUAGAAACUUCACCUCUUUCAUUUCCUAAUGAAUGCAAAAACUCUCGCACUUUCUUCACACCGCGCUUCUUCUUCUUCUUCUACUUCCUCUCCGUGUUGUUCUGUCUAAUCAGAGAGAAGAGAUCUUACACUCUGUCUCCUUCGGCUGCCACGUCUCGUUUGUUUCUCACGUUCUUUUUCUGCUCGGGGAGACGUCGGGUUUGGUUGCAGACACUGCCGAUAAAAAGCUUCAGAAGGGGAAAAGGACUAUGUGUUCUGUUUGGACCGGACUGGUUCCUGUUUGUGAUUUGAAAGCCUGGCGAGUCCUCGGAGCUUCUGGGUGCAGAUUAGAUGAAGCAUGCUGGUGUUUCUACAGAUCACAUGAAUUUCACUUUCCUGCUUUUUUAAAUCCUCGGGCACAAUUACGUCGAUUUCCUUCCAUCCAGACAGAAACUGCUUUCACCUGAUUCCUACUAAAACAACCUUCAGAAAGCGAGAACGUAGAGGAGACAGAAUCAAAAUACAGGAUUAUUAAAGUUAAACUAAUUUAAGAUAGAACUUAACUUAAAGACAUACAUGUACCUCGUUCAGCCCUGACUUUUGUCUUCAGGCUUUGCUCUAAAGUUUUCUAAAUAUCAAAGUUGAAUCAGUUAAAUUCAAUUGCCAAAAGACGCCAAUGUGUUUCCUAUUGCCUUUUCUCAACAAAGAUGGCCUCCUCCCAGUCCUGUCAUGUUUAACAAAUAGUUAAUUUUUAUGGUUGUUUGUUCGUCUUUCCGUGCAGACAGACCUCACGAAAUUUGACCUGCGUGCUUUUUCAGACGGCGUCAUGAACCCAGGCGAGGCAGUGUUCGGUUUUCUGAGAAAUAUCUGGAAGGUUUAAAUAUCAGAACGACCAAAACAAAACUAAUGAUCCCAACGGCAAACUCUUAAACUUGUCAGAUUUAAAUGGCAAGAAGCCACAUCGAACACUUCCUGACAGAAGGUUUGAGCAGCCUGAGAGACAAAACGCAGGGCAACAAAUCGAGGACAAGGGAUCAGGUGAAUUUGGUCAGAAAACUCGUGAAUCUGUUAUCUGAAGAUCUCUCUGCAGGAUGAGUUUCUAGAAAUGAAGGUAGAGCUGUUUGUAAGGAAGGAUCUCGCGCUAAACGUGGUGACGAGCAGGAAUGUGACGUCCAACGAUAGGCAGAAAAUCGUCCUCCCGGUUCUGUCCUCGUGUUGCGUUCAGGGUCUGAUGGAGGAAAUAGUUUCAGAGAGUGGAGGAGUAGCAGGCAGAAAUAUUGCAUGAUGUGUGUUCCAAAAGACGCCCCCGCAGCCGUUUGGGGGUUUUAAAUGAUUUAUGGAGACACUAACAGCUGUGUUGUGUAACUCUGAUCCGGUCUGAACAGGACUGAACCGGGCAGGCGGCUCGACUCUCUUAUCGCUCUUGUCAGGGCGCGUUCACAGCUCGCUAUGAUCCGCUGGGUGAUCUGAUCUGAUGUGAUGCUAACGUGUUGCUAAAUGACUCAGCAUGUUUUAGAGCCUCACUGUCCUCUCACUUUGAACACGAUUGUAUGUUUUCUUUUCACCUCAGCAGACUCGUCCUCUUGUUGUGAUGCAGUCGGCCACGCUGAGCUCUGAUUGGUGCACUUAUAAAAAAAAAUGGGCGGGCUGAUUUUAAACAUUAAUCCUUCAGUCGAUACUACAUCAGUGUCUCCAGCUUUGUGAUUGGUUCUUUUGAUAAGAGCUGAUUGUUUCUGUGUUGCAGGACUGAA